AUGGAUAUUGCGGGUAGAAUGGUUCAAUGGGCCAUAGAGCUAUCCGAGUUCGACCUUAAGUACGAAACUUGGACGGCAAUCAAAGCUCAAUGCCUCACCGACUUUGUGGCAGAAUAUACAGGAGAUCAAGAGGAAGCUUCCACUACAUGGGAGCCAUACGUAUAUGGAUCCUCCAACAAAGUUGGAAGUGGUGUAGGCAUAAUCUUAGUCAACCAAGAGGGAACUCAAGUAGAAGUCUCCCUCAAAUUUGAAUUCCCAGCCUCCAACAAUCAAGCAGAAUAUGAAGCCUUGAUUGUAGGGUUAAAACUGGCAGAAGAGGUCGGCGCAACCAAAGUAGUUGUGUUCUGCAACUCUCAGGUGGUGACUUCACAAAUCAAUGGAGAGUACCAGGCGAAAGACCCUAACAUGAAAAGGUACUUAGACAAAACCUUGGAGUAUCUUGGGUGA